AUGGUGGUAUUGAAGACACAAUUCAUCAAUCCCUUCCAUGCUGACCUUGAUAAAGAUAAGUUGUUCAAUUUGGUUUCCGGGUAUCCAGCUCCAGAGAACGUGUGUGAAUGUCUACUUGCACUUGAAUCAAGGGGAAAGGAGCUAAUGGACGAAUUUCAGGACAGAAUUACCACAGAGUCAGCAGAAUCACCUGGAGCAGAUUUCUUUAGCCCAAUCAAGAGAGAGAAGCUCGAGACCUUCAAGAAUUUGGCAGUAAAGACCAAGAUAAAGAACAAGGGAAGGAUCAAGGAACUCACAUAUCAGAGAGAUAUCUUGGGGAUAUUAGUUGCGUAUUCUAACAAGCACGAGUCAGGUAUUGAUCUUGAGAAAGUACUCUGCUUUCCUCUUGCACCCGUUUCGAUCCCGCUAUGCACACCAGAUGGCGCGAUACGAAAAACCGUCAAAAGCAAAUUGUACCACGCCUCCAUGAGCGAGCUGACUGUUGUAAGCCACGACUCACUACCACCCGCUUCGACAAUGAGAACAUACUUGUUAGAUCUCGCCGCUGCGAUACGUAGUCUGAUCUUCACUGGAUCUACGAUUAGAGAAAUGACAUCUCAAAUAAUAGCCACUGUUCCUUCUCAGUACACGACUAUCUACAUAGUUUGUGACACAUACAAGGACAAUAGCAUCAAAGGUGGAGAACGCCAAGCAAGAGGUUCAAGCGAGCGGUAUGUCCUAACCAGUCCUGACAUGAAGGUGCCUUACGAUUUCGCUGGUUUUCUUCGUAAUGGGGAAAACAAAGAAAUGCUUUUCAAUCUUAUUCAGAAAGCAAUUGAAGAAAUGCGUGGUGAUCUACUAUCAGGAAAAACCGUAUUCUUUUCCAACAAAUUCAAGUGUACGAAGAUAACAAGUGAUGAAGUAUCAGUUGCCGAAUACUUAGCUAGCGACCACGAGGAAGCGGACACAAAGCUUGUUGCCUUGACCUACGCUGUGAACGCACCUCCAGAAGAUACUAUUAUGGUUCGAUCACCUUCCGGAGAUAUCGAUAUUCUUGCCCUGUUUGUGGCGCAUGAUUUUUGUGCCGCUAAAAUCCUAAUCGACAACGGGACCGGAAAAGCUAGAAAAAUUAUAGAUGUGACGUCGUCAACAUUAGAUCAUGAGAAAAGAAAGGCUCUGAUUGGUUUGCACGCGUUUUCUGGUAACGACUACGUUUCAACUUUCUUCAGGAAAGGGAAGAUGGCUGUUUGGAAAGCGAUGCUGAAAAGCCAAGAAUUUAUUAGUUUCUUUGCUAAGCUAGGCAGCUCUCUUCAAGUUCCUGACCAUCUUUCGGAGAGCUUACAAAGGUUCGUUUGUGCAUUAUACGGUAACAAGGUGAUGUCUUCGGUGAACAAACUUCGACAUAAGAUGUUUGUCCAAAAAUUUACGAAAGAGAAGAAAGUCGUUGAUCUUAGCCUUUUGCCACCUUGUGCAACCAACCUCAAGUUUCACAUAAUGCGUGCAAAUUAUGUUGCAUUCAUUUUCAGGAAUGCUAAAAACUUGAUCCUCGAUCUUGAUGACCAAACAUGUCAUGGCUGGAAAGAAGAUGGAAAAGUUAUCUGGGACAGUGUUGCUUACCCCGAUGACGUUAGCGAAAUGUUAAUUGACAGAGAAGAAGAAAGUGACGAGUUUGAUUUCGAGCGAAAUAGUUAUAUUGGAGAUGACAUCGACGAUGAUAUGGAGGAUGAUGAGCAUUAA